AUGGCCUCAGCCAUACAUUCUUUCUCCGGGGCGGGGACCAUCCUUGCACCUUGGGCCAUGUUCAAAGAAGAUAAUCACUCACCCUAUGCGAAAUUCGUUGGAAUUCAUAUCGCAUCCAAUAGAAAUGGCUGGCCAAGCAAGCUUGAUUGGCAAGAAUGGUUGAUCAACCAUUUCGAGCCUCGAACGCGUCAAUGGGAGCUUGGAAGCCCCAUAUGGCGACUUAUGCUGGUCGACACCUACAAUUGUCCUAUCCACGAGGACUUUUUUCUCUGGUGCAGGGGACACAAGAUUCUCUGCAUUUCAUACCCCAAAUAUCAAAAGGACGAUCUUGAUCCCUUCAAUUGGGGUGUUUCCAAGACCAUUAAACGAGAGUACAAGAGGUGGCUAUACUUGCGCUGGAAAAAUAUGUUGGAAAAGAACAACAGUGAUGACCCUCAUGACAAUAGCAGUGGUCAGGUCAGUCUUAAGUGGCAGGAAUUUGCAGGAAUUCUCAACAGAAUUACGGUUGCAGGCAAGGAGCCGAUAUUUGCUCAAAGAAAAGCUGAAGCAGAAAAUGCAUGGAAAACUGGGUCUCUUUCCGUGCUCUCGAGCGCCUCGACGGGUGCCUCGAUCAAUCGCUUUGAGGAUACACAAAAUCUGAACACGGAACAGCUGGUAGAUGAGGAGCAGGAGGAGGACUAUUUCAUUGUGGAUGAAGAUGAGGAUUUUCUGGACGAUGUGGAAUCUAGCUCCCAGACAGUCGACAACUCUGUCUACAGUGAUGAGGAAGAUGCUCAGAGUACUUCCAGUGAAUCGACUGACUCUGCAGACGAUUCAUACGAUGAUUGCUCAUACCCAGAGCCUUCACAGCUCGCGUCACCCGAUCUCAGUCUAGAGCAAGAUCAAUGGCUCUCACUGCCGGUUCAAGGCCAUCCUCGCCCGACAGGCGUCGCCGUCGAUCACCUUCUCCAGCUCAAUUGA